AUGAGUGUCGCGUUGCCCUUGCGGUCGCUGGGACCUUGUCUCGUCCCCAAUAUAGCGCGCGCGGGGAAACCCUUGUUGACGCACGUCUCCCAGUUUCGUCAGCAUGGCUUCCUUUCAUCUCCCUCCAAGAGACAGAGACCCGCGCUUCCUUCACCUCAAUGGACUCUCUCCAAACGCUCGGCCUCCACCACUCCUACCGACUCGGAUCCUGUCACAGUCACUCCGUAUAGCUCGUUGACUGUCGGUGUGCCCCGCGAGACUCACGAGAAUGAACGCCGUGUCGCCAUCACCCCCCCAGAAUGUGAAGGUGCACAACUACUGGAUGAUGCCUACGAAAAGGCCGGGGCGACCCUGGUCGACCGCGAUACCGUCUACUCGGAGAGUGACAUUGUCAUGAAGGUCCGGAACCCCCAGGUCGAUGGCCCUUUCAAUGAGGUUGAGGCUCUUCGCAAAGACUCUACAAUCAUUUCUUUCUUGUACCCGGCUCAGAAUAAGUCUAUUGUGGAUGCUCUGGCUGCUCGGGGUGUGACUUCGUUUGCUAUGGACAAAAUUCCCCGGAUCUCGCGAGCUCAGGUCUUCGAUGCCCUGAGCUCAAUGGCCAAUAUCGCUGGAUACAAGGCUGUUUUGGAAGCGUCAAACCAUUUCGGUCGCUUUCUGACUGGUCAAGUUACUGCUGCUGGAAAAAUUCCCCCGAGUAAGGUUCUCGUCAUCGGCGCGGGUGUGGCCGGUUUGAGUGCCAUUGCCUCGGCCCGGAGAAUGGGGGCCAUUGUUCGCGGUUUCGAUACUCGUCCCGCUGUGCGCGAACAGGUUCAAUCGCUUGGUGCUGAGUUCGUUGAAGUCGAUUUCCAGGAAGAUGGCGCUGGCCAGGGCGGCUACGCCAAGGAAAUGUCUAAGGAAUUUAUCGAGGCUGAGAUGAAGCUUUUCAUGGAACAGGCUCGCGAGGUCGACAUUAUUAUCACCACUGCGCUGAUCCCCGGAAAGCCUGCGCCGAAAUUGAUCACUAAGGAAAUGGUCGCGGCUAUGAAACCCGGCUCGGUUAUUGUUGAUCUUGCCGCCGAGGCGGGUGGUAACUGCGAAGCAACUAUUCCUGGUCAACUCGCGAACUACAAGGAUGUCACGAUUAUUGGUUAUACCGAUCUCCCCUCUCGAUUGCCGACCCAGGCCUCGACCCUGUAUUCGAAUAACAUUACCAAAUUGCUUCUGUCGAUGGCUCCCGAGGACAGAUCUUUCGGAAUUGACUUUAAGGAUGAGGUGGUUCGCGGAUCUAUCAUCACCCGGGACGGCGAGGUGAUUCCACCGGCUGCUCCUCCCGCACCUCCACCUGCUCCGAAGCCGGAGGCUUCGGCCGUUGCCGCGAAGAAAGAGGAAGAACUUGCAUUGACUCCUUGGCAGAAGGUCACUCGUGAAGUUACUACCGUUACGGGAGUGAUGGGGGCUACCCUGGCUCUCGGAAAGGCUACCGGUCCCGCUUUCAUGAGUAACAUGAUGACAUUCGGUCUCUCUGGUCUGGUUGGAUAUCGUGCCGUGUGGGGCGUCGCUCCAGCCCUACACUCACCUCUGAUGAGUGUGACCAAUGCGAUCUCCGGUAUGGUUGGUAUUGGUGGACUGUUCAUUAUGGGUGGUGGUUUUGUUCCCACUACCAUUCCGGAAUAUCUUGGUGCAGCUUCGGUUCUUCUGGCUUUCGUCAAUGUAUCAGGUGGUUUUGUGGUCAGCAAGCGCAUGCUGGACAUGUUCAAGCGACCCACUGAUCCACCGGAAUACCCCUGGUUGUAUGCUGUCCCGGGUCUUGUGUUUGGAGGUGGCUUUAUCGCGGCCGCAAGCACAGGCAUGGCUGGUAUCAUUCAAGCGGGAUACAUCGUUAGCUCCAUUCUCUGCAUGAGCUCUAUUUCCGCGCUCGCUUCGCAACAAACUGCUCGUCGGGGUAAUAUAUUCGGUAUUCUUGGUGUCGUCUCCGGUAUUCUUGCCUCGCUGGCUGCAGUGGGUUUCGACACCGAGACGCUGAUUCAAUUUGCUGGUGUUGCUGGUACUGGUGCUAUCGUUGGCGGGCUUAUUGGGCGUCGCAUCACACCCACCGGACUUCCCCAGACCGUCGCCGCCCUGCACUCCGUGGUAGGUCUCGCGGCUGUUCUUACCAGUAUUGGCAGUGUGCUGGUAGACAUUCAAGAUAUCACGACACUACACAUGGUCACGGCGUAUAUGGGUGUUCUUAUCGGCGGUGUCACAUUCACCGGUUCUCUUGUCGCGUUCAUGAAACUCGCUGGUCGCAUGUCCUCUACCCCGAAAAUCCUUCCAGGCCGUCAUGUCAUCAAUUCGACCCUCCUGGCUAGCAACGUUGCAACGAUGGGUGCAUUCUUAACCAUGGCACCCGGAAGCAUUGGCAUUGCGGCCGCUUGUCUUGGUGGCAAUACCCUGCUCAGUUUCCUGAAAGGUUAUACGACAACCGCUGCUAUCGGUGGUGCGGAUAUGCCCGUGGUCAUCACUGUACUAAACGCUUAUUCUGGUUUCGCGCUCGUUGCUGAAGGUCUCAUGCUAGACAACCCACUCCUUACCAGUGUGGGAUCGCUGAUCGGCGUUAGCGGUUCUAUUCUCUCGUACAUCAUGUGUGUGGCCAUGAACCGUUCACUCACUAAUGUUCUUUUCGGUGGUCUCUCCACUCCAACUUCGCAAACACAGAAGAAGAUCGAGGGAGAAGUCACACAGACCAGCGUCGAUGAUACUGUGGAAGCUCUGUCCGGGGCUGAAAAUGUGAUCAUCAUUGUCGGUUAUGGAAUGGCGGUUGCUAAAGCACAAUACGCGCUUGCCGAGAUCGUAAGCAUCCUACGUUCCCGCGGUGUCAAUGUUCGUUUCGCCAUCCACCCUGUGGCUGGUCGCAUGCCUGGUCAGUGCAAUGUACUUCUGGCCGAAGCGUCCGUACCUUAUGACAUUGUGCUGGAGAUGGACGAGAUCAACGAGGACUUCAGCGAUACGGACGUUACGCUAGUGAUCGGGGCAAACGACACUGUCAACCCCAUCGCGAUGGAGCCGGAUUCUUCCAUCUCGGGAAUGCCCGUCCUGCAUGCGUGGAAGAGUAAAGAAGUGAUUGUCAUGAAGCGGGGCAUGUCAAGUGGAUACGCCGACGUUCCUAACCCGAUGUUCUUCAUGCCUGGAACUAGAAUGCUGUUUGGUGACGCCAAGACUUCCUGUGAUGCUAUCAAGUCUGCCCUGGAGGCACGGAAGUAG